UCCUCAUUAUUAACAAAUUGGCAAAAUUUGAGUGUAGAAAAUAUAGCUGUUGCUACUGUUCUCAGUCACAUCGCAAAACUCGAACCAAAACUACAACGCGUAGUUUUUACAGAAGAAAUCUCUACAAGGAAUAAAAUGCAGCAAGAAUUGAUGGCGUUUGCUUAUCGGAAACGACCACUUAUCGAAAAUGAUGAUUCGACUAAAACAUGGAAGCGCUUAAAAACGUCAAAAAAAUGUUAUACUUGUGGAAAAAUGGGCCAUAUCACUGCUGAAUGCUGGAACAACACAAGCAACUUUAAUAAAAACACGUCAAACAAAGAAGACACAAAUCAAAUAUCCAACACAACAACCUCAAAAUCAACAAUCACCUGCUUUAAGUGUGGAAUGAUGGGUCAUAUUGCAUCGAAGUGUUCAAAUAAAGAGCCACCAAAACAGACUGAACGACGAAUCAACUUUUGUAGUAUGAGACCUAUCACUGGAACUCUAACACAAUCCGACGACGAAGAGGCAGUAGUUUCAGACAGUGAAGAAGCAAAAGAAGGAACUGCCACUUCUUUAUCACACGAGGACGUGUGAAUUGUCAGGAAGGCCGUGUAGAGGAGAUGAAGGUCGUUGAGGUUGCUAUGGAAACACAACAAGAAAAGAAGAGGAGAGUAGUGGAGAGAAAGGGAUAAAACGGAAUGUUGAACAAGAUGUUUGACAAAUUAAAAUCAUAAAAGGAUCUAAAACGAUUUAUAUUCAAUAAAUAAUAUCAGUUCAUUUAUUAUUUGAA